CUUUCCGUUUGAUUUUUUUUUCCCAUUAAAAAAAAAUAAUAAAUAAAUAAACAGACAUUUCUGAUUUCUCUCUCUAGAGUUUAUCUCCUUCCUUAAAAAAGUUAAAUCUGGACCGCCAACCAAGCUUCUCCCUCUGGUUUUUUGCCGCUCUGCACGUUCCCGCUGUAUUUUUAACUGAAAUUAAACCCUAACCCUAAUUAGAUUUCCCUUCUUUUCUUCUUCAUCAUUCUAUAUACAUACCUGUUUUUCUCUGUCAAUCUUAGAUCUACAAGAUCUGAAACCUGACUUCAACCCUGUUUCGUUCAUUCUUUCUUUGAAUUUCACAACCUAUGUGUUUCGUUUCGAUCUAGAGAGGCUUUCUUGAUUCGGUUUCCAAGAUUUGAAUUUCAUUUUGAUUUUGGAGGCUGUAUAGAGGUAGGCGUUAGUGAAUUUACACGUGUCCAAGGUUUUGGUUCUUUCAUUUGAUACAGCGGUUGUUGACAGUUUCAAAAGUUAUUGGGAUUGAUUUGAAUUUCAUAAUGCUUGGUAUCUGAGUUACGGGUUGUUUUGGGCAUUGACUAGUGUGUGAAUUGUUAUUUCGAUUUUUUUUUCUGGUUGCGAAUUUGAAUUCUGAUGCGAGUAUACAGAGGACAAAUUUGAGUUCAGUCGCAAUUAAAUUUGGGUUUAUUUCUUGCUAUUGCUUCUAUCUUGAAUGCGGUCGUGUGGUUUUGCGCUUCUUAUAGUGGUGAGUUUGGAGUUUUUCAAUGGGAGAAGGUGCAGUUUGUCUGGAUAUCUCGACAGAGGUGAUGGGUCUUGGACAACAGAAUACAGGAAUAACUGAAUUGAAGAGAGACCAUCAAUCUCUGAUAGAUGACACCGAACCAGAACCGUUUCCUAACAAGAAACAAGCCAGAGAAGCUUCAAAUGAGGACAUAAAAUCUGAAGUUUCCAAUCCUUUAAUUUCUCCAAAAGAAAAUGCAUCCAUUUGCCAGGAUAUCACUAGCCAACCAACUGAAUUGGCUACAUGUAAGCAACUGGGUGCUGGCGAGGUCACAUCCACGUGUUCUGGAAAUUCGAGUCCGAUGGACACCCUAAGCGAGGAUGGAGAACGUAACAGUCAGAACAAUGCCUCUCAAUGUGAGUUUGCUCGCAGUGGAACUUCUGAUGUGGUAUCUACAUCUCAUGUUGUACUGGAGAUUCCUAAGCAUGCUAGUUCGUCUGGAAUUAGGAAGAUUACAUUCAAGUUUAGCAAAAGAAAAGAGGAUUAUGACACCCAGAAUUUUACUUCAGUUGCUAAUCCUGUAGGUAAUCGGAUAGGUCGAAAACAAUAUAGUAAAGAACGUGGGAAAAACUACUCUGCUUGGGUUAAUUCAGGUGCAGAAAUGCUUGAAAAUGGAAAUAGAUAUUUCUGUGCUCCCAAUAUGGAAUUGAAGAUGUCUAAGAAGGUUGUUCCCAGCAACUACCCUACAAAUGUCAAGAAGUUGUUAUCAACCGGUAUACUUGAUGGAGCUCGGGUGAAAUAUUUUUCUCCAGAGCGAGAGCUAGAUGGAAUUAUAGAUGGUGGUGGAUACUUGUGUGGCUGUUCAUCAUGUAAUUUCUCAAAAGUUCUUAGUGCCUAUGAGUUUGAGCAGCAUGCUGGCGGCAAAACUAGACAUCCAAACAAUCACAUAUACUUGGGUAAUGGGAAACCAAUUUGCAGUAUUAUUCAUGAACUAAAAACUGCUCCACUUAGUGCAUUGGAUGAAGUGAUAAAGGAUGUGGCUGGUUCGUCCAUAAAUGAGGAGUUCUUCCAGGUUUGGAAAGCUAGUCUUCAACAAAGCAAUGGAAUAAGUGGAGCAGAGAAAAGAUUUUACAACAUUCCUUGUUCACCUCUUUCACUUGGAAGCUACUCCAGUCAAGCUUUAGAAGAAAGCUUUUGCCUUGCUUCAAGCUCCUUGAAUAACAACCCCUUUAGACAAGAAAAAUAUAUAGAGAUGCCAGAAGAGCAAAAGCGUGCAUUGAAGCGGCCUAGCUUACUUAUGCAACAAAAGAAAACAAAUGAAGGAGGCACUAAGAGAAGGGAUAAUGAUCUUCACCGCUUACUUUUCAUGCCAAAUGGUCUUCCAGAUGGUGCUGAAUUGGCUUAUUUUGUCAAAGGACAAGAACUGUUGGCUGGUUACAAGCAAGGAAAUGGUAUAGUCUGCAGUUGCUGUGACAGAGAGAUAAGCCCAUCUCAAUUUGAAGCUCAUGCUGGAAUGGCUGCCAGGCGUCAACCAUAUCGCCACAUAUAUACUUCCAAUGGCUUGACCCUCCAUGAUAUAGCCAUUUCAUUGGCGAAUGGGCAAAGCAUUACUACUGGUGUAAGUGAUGAUAUGUGCGCAAAAUGUGGUGAUGGAGGGGAUCUUAUCUUUUGCGAGAGUUGCCCUCGAGCUUUUCAUCUAGCAUGUUUGGGUUUGCAGUGUGUUCCUAAUGGAGUUUGGCAGUGUUCAAACUGUAAUAAGUUUGAACACGGAGGAAACAUUACGAGACCAAUUGUCAUUCGGUUGACACGAGUUGUUAAAACUCCAGAAUAUGAAGUUGGUGGUUGUGUUUUUUGCAGAGCUCAUGAUUUUAGCACAAAUAACUUUGAUGACCGAACAGUUAUCCUUUGUGACCAAUGUGAGAGGGAGUUCCAUGUUGGUUGCUUGCGGGACAAUGGACUAUGUGAUCUAAAAGCUCUCCCCAAGGGUAAUUGGUUCUGUUCUAAUGACUGCAAUCGGAUCUAUAUGGCUCUAAGGAAUUUUGUUUCUAGCGGAAUACAGUUAAUUCCUGCGUCACAGUUGAAUAUCAUAACUAGAAAGCAUGCUGAGAAAGGAUCAUCUAUGGAUGGACUAGCAAAUGAUGAUGUUCAAUGGCGGAUUCUGAUGGGAAAAAGUCGUGACAAAGAAGAUCUUUCAUUGUUGUCAUCAGCUGCUGCAAUUUUUCGAGAGUGUUUUGAUCCCAUCGUUGCAAAAAGUGGUCGUGAUCUGAUUCCUGUUAUGGUCUAUGGGAGAAAUAUUUCCGGCCAAGAAUUUGGGGGGAUGUACUGUGUGCUAUUGCUAGUAAGGAAUGUUGUUGUUUCAGCUGGUCUUCUUAGAAUUUUUGGUAGGGAAGUUGCUGAGCUUCCUCUAGUUGCGACAAGUAGAGAACAUCAAGGAAAGGGUUACUUCCAAGCACUAUUCUCAUGCAUUGAGAGGUUACUGUGCUCUCUGAAGGUGGUAAACCUAGUGCUACCAGCAGCUGAGGAAGCUGAGUCAAUCUGGACAGGAAGAUUUGGCUUCAGAAAGAUGAACGAGGGACAAGUGUCGAAGUAUACAAGGGAGCUGCAGUUGACAAUAUUCAAGGGUACAUCAAUGCUGGAGAAGGCGGUCCCCCAGAUAAUCGAGUAGCAGCUUGGACUCUCUGGAAUUAUACUCAACUCUAUUCCUGUAAUGUGGUCUGCUAUUUUGAUAUUGUGGACAGCAGGCAGCAAAGUCAAAAUCUUAUUGAGGAUUGUUUUCUUGUACUAACUAGAAUUGAAGAGCAACAAGAAAAGAAGAUAAAUGACUGUAAAAAGAAUCAGAGCGUGCUGACCUUUUAUAAUGCAUGCGUGUCUCAUAAA